AUGGCGGCGGCGGCGGCUGCCGUGGCGGGGGCGGGGCGCGGCGGCGGCGCGGAGCCGCGGCAGGAGCGGGGCCGGGCUCGGGGCUGGACCGGCGCCGAGCGCAGCGAAGGCCGGAGGAUGGAGCCCGGUGAGGAGCAGGACGAGGAGGACUCUCCAGGCGGCAGAGAGGAUGGCUUCACUGCUGAGCACCUGGCUGCAGAGGCCAUGGCCGCUGACAUGGACCCCUGGCUGGUGUUUGAUGCCCGCACCACACCUGCUACGGAGCUGGAUGCCUGGUUGGCCAAGUACCCGCCGUCCCAAGUUACCCGCUAUGGGGACCCCAGCUCGCCCAACUCUGAGCCCGUGGGCUGGAUUGCAGCAUACGGGCAGGGCUACGUCCCCAACUCGGGCGAUGUGCAGGGCCUGCAGGCAGCCUGGGAGGCUCUGCAGACCAGUGGGCGGCCCGUCACGCCAGGUACCCUGCGCCAGCUGGCCAUCACCCACCAAGUGCUCUCGGGCAAGUGGCUGAUGCACCUGGCACCUGGCUUCAAGCUGGACCAUGCCUGGGCUGGCAUUGCGCGGGCUGUGGUUGAGGGCCGGCUUCAGGUGGCCAAGGUGAGCCCACGGGCCAAGGAAGGUGGGCGCCAGGUCAUCUGUGUUUACACAGAUGACUUCACGGACCGCUUGGAUGUACUGGAGGCGGAUGCGGCCAUUCGUGCAGCAGGCAUUAAGUGCCUGCUCACCUACAAGCCUGACGUCUACACCUACCUGGGCAUCUACCGGGCCAACCGCUGGCACCUCUGCCCCACACUGUAUGAGAGCCGUUUCCAGCUCGGGGGCAGUGCCCGUGGUUCCCGUGUGCUGGACCGUGCCAACAAUGUGGAACUAACCUAGUGAGGGUUCCUGGGGAGACCACCCUCUAUACCUCCUGCUAGGGAUUGAUCCUCUGGUCUUCCUCCUCCUCGCCCCAAGGAGGCCAAGCCCCCCCAGCUCUAAGGACAAGGUCACUCGGGAACUGCCUGCAUCUUUGAUCCCCUUGAACUUCUGCCCUCUGUUCAGGGCUGACUCAAAACCCUGCCAGCUGGAGGCUCUGGCUCCCUGAUGGCUGAACCCUCAGCAUCUCUCUUCAUUGCUGCUCCCCUCUGCCAGCGAGGACCACAGGCUGGGUGCUGACACCCAGGAGGAGAGCCUUCCUGGCCACCCCCUCCCCUCCUACUACAUCCUCCCCUUCUUUUUCUUCCUCCCUCACAGAGAGAAAACUUAGUUCUUCCAGCCUCUCUCCUUGGAGCCUUCACAGUCCAGGGGGCAGAGGCCCUGUAGGCCUGAGCAUGCCAUUUUGUUGGGAGGGGGUGGGGAGGGCUGCAAUUGUGCCCACUCAGCCCCUAGCAGAGAGAGGGCAUGCCAGGGCCAUGGGCAUGGGGCCUGCCACCUCAAAGCCUGCACCGCCUUCCUCCCUUGGCUACCUUGUCGUAUGCCUGCUCCUGGCAUUCCAAUAAAGCCCAGCUUGGGUCUGUGUCUUGAGUGUUUUGUAAAAUACCAUGUUGGUGGCUACUUGCUUUGGUUGCUGGAGAGAGACAAGCCAGGAGAGACUGCCUCUCUGCCUGGGCGGGAGCUCUGUCACUGCACCCAGUGAUAAGUCACAUCUCAGUCCCACGGCUGGGAGCCUCUGAAAGCCUCUGCAAAGCUACCUCCACUUUCCUACAUCCCAAGAAUCAGAAUCAGCUUGUAAGUGAUUUCCCAUACACCCAGGGGAUUGGCCCAGCCCCAUCGGAGGGGCCGCUGUAGUCCACAGCAUGUAGCUGUGCCUGUCAGGAAAGGCGCCCUCUUGGUCCUGGCGGUUCUGGGCCAGGAGUGUGGUCUGGUGAGCAGAGGAUGGGCUGGGUUCCAGCAGUCUAGGGUGGGUAUCCUUGUGCAGCGAACAGCCUUCAUGACCCUGCGUGGCCCUGGAAGCCCCGUUAUCCUCGCCUCUCCUGCCACCUGACCCCACGGGAGCCACCCUGUACUUGGCAGAGCACUUCCAAGACGCUGUUCCGGCGGCCAGUAGCGUGGAGAUGGCCGUUCUGUGGUCAAGGGGAUUCCCUCGGGGUCACUCAGUGAGUCAGGCAGAGCCAGGACUUGCACCCCGGUCCCUGCCACCACCCAUGGCCUGUUCGCUCAGAAUCUUGCUGAGCCAUCCACUCGUUCUGCUGAGACCACUGCAGCCUCUGGGUACCUGACUUGGCUCCCCAACCCUGGGCCUGGCCUUGGUGGGAGAGCAGGGUGUCUGGCAGGGAGCCCUUUGGGACACUGCUCUCGUGCCGUGCGUGAGCUGACUAAGCCUCCAGCCACCUCACCAAAUUGGAAUUUGGAGCAGGAGAGCGGAGAUGCCGCUGGGCUGACUGGGUGGAAGUGGGUGAGUCAUGGGGUGCUGGCUCAGCCCCCUCCCCACUCCCAACCCUCCCCAGGGCUGAGUCCCCCUCAGCCCAGCCCUGGGAAGUCCCUGUAACAGACUGGUCCCAGGAUUGAAGCCGGGUGCCUUGCCGCCCUCAGACCAUCACUACUUUGCUCUUGACCAAAGUGGGCCAAGGCUUGGGGGGGACUCUGAACAGGUCCUCAUGGUGCCCCAAUGAUGUCCAAAUGGUGUCCACACCACCUGGUUCUCAAUAACUAAGCAUUUCACAGACAUUCGUCUCCGUGGCUCAUUCCUUUCUCUCAAACCAUGACAACCUGUCUCUUUCCCCUCCUGCCUCUUGUCUCCCCACAUCCCUUUCCCUGAAC